AUGAGCCUGCCUUCCAACGUACGAGUUGAAUGGAUCGCAGCAGUUACCAUUGCUGCUGGGACAGCCGCAAUUGGUUAUCUAGCUUACAAAAAAUUUUAUGUUAAAGAUCAUCGCAACAAAAAUAUAAUUAACCUACACAUUCAGAAAGAUGACCCCAAGGUCGUACAUGCUUUUGACAUGGAGGAUUUGGGAGAUAAAGCUGUGUACUGCCGUUGUUGGAGGUCCAAAAAGUUCCCGUUCUGCGACGGAGCUCACACCAAACACAACGAAGAGACUGGAGAUAAUGUGGGACCUCUCAUCAUUAAGAGAAAAGAAACCUAG